UUGAAAUUUGGAGAGUUAGUAAUUUUGUGGAUUUUAGUUUACCUUUCCUUGAACAUCUCCCUCAUCUUUUCGCUAUUUUUUACUGAAAGCUAUGGCAAAACAGCUGUCUCUUAGCCAGUUGUUGGAUGGUCAGUGGUGUAGUCUUCGGAACACGGAAUAGACCAUUGAUGGCAGUUUUACUUUGCGACGAAAUUUUAUUUUGUUUGUUCGUUUUCGCUAAGUAUGGCAGAGCCAGACUCCGUUCAGCCGUACGUAGUUUUGAUCCUCAGCGGGAAGCGCAAAGCAGGCAAAGACUACAUUGCCAAUCGUCUGCUGCGGAAAUUCGGCGAAGAGAUCGCCACCAUCAUCCAUCUGUCGGGCCCGCUGAAGUCAGAGUAUGCCCGUCUCUUCUCGCUCGAUUAUGACCGUCUCCUGUCAGCGGACACCUACAAAGAGACCUAUCGCGAGGAUAUGAUCGCGUGGGGCGAACAGAAGCGCCGCGAUGAUCCGGGAUACUUCUGCCGCCUCGCCACUGCCAGCCCUUGGGUGGUUGGCAAAAAGGUUUGGAUUAUCUGCGAUGCGCGGCGUCAGAGUGAUCUCCAGUACUUUGCCGCCUAUCCCCAUGUCAUCCGUAUCCGCGUGCGGGCGGACGACGCCACGCGGACGAAGCGGGGCUUUGAGUUCAUUGCAGGCAUUGAUGAUGCCGAAUCUGAGUGUGGGCUGGACGCAGUGACAGAUUGGGAUUAUGUGCUGGAUAACAGUGAUGGCAAAGACAAAGAUAUCGAUACGGAGAUUGACAAGCUCAUUUCCUACGUGGAUGAGCAGGCUGAUUCGGUGGGCGAUGCCGAUAUUCCAUGAAGACAGUGAAUAUACCAGCUUGCACCUGCUUUUUUGAUUUUUUUGUGUCUGGUUGGUAUGUGUUUCUAUGUGGGAGGGAAAAAGUGGAUUUCAUUAUGGUAUUUCAUACAUGAGUAUUAAAUCUGACAAACGGAGAGUUAUCACCUGUCUGUGUAAUAACAAUUUAGUAAAAUCUGCGGUCACCGACGUAGUAUUAUCGCAUGAGUUGCUUUUAAUGGUUUUGCGUUCAGUAAUUUUAUCUGCGUCGCUGCUACAUUUGUAGAUUUGCGCAUGUGACCGGCAAAAAUGUCUCCCUUGUCCCCCGGAAUCCGGUUUGUGCGCCUAAAUUAACUCCUAAUUGAAUGA